AUGCCCGCAACUUCUCAUUCUCGACAUCACCUUCUCGCCUUCUCCAUACAGCGUUUGUCUUGUUCAUACCUUCCUGAACUUCACACCCGCCUGUUAUCCGGCAAAUAUCUCUCAAAAUACUCUCUUCACAUCCGCUUCUCUUCCCGCAAAUACCUCUCACAAUACUCUCAUUACAUCUACUUUGUUGCUCCUCGAUCCAACUUACAACCCGGCCAUGUGUCGCCCUCAUCGGCGUGCCUCGAGCGAGCGCCCCCCACCGUGAUCAGUGAUAGAUACGACCUUGUGGCUGACUUGCCACAGGGUUAUCAGCUCCAGUCAUACUCCACCCUAAAGGAAUUAAAGAACGCGGUGAAAGCCAUCCAUAAUCAGUUAGAGAAGAAUAAUGGGCAAGGCAACCAAUGGCUGCUUAUCAAUGGCAUAUCACGAACUACCAUCGAAAGGCUGAGCAAUGACCACAGCUGCCUGUCGGGCAUCGAGUUUCGAUUUAUGUGGAUUGGGACGACAGGACUUCUCAAAGUAGUUCCAUCAAUUGAACAUGAUCUGACCACAUCUGAUGUGGACCACUACAUCGACCGGCAGUGUGUUCGGAUGGGGGUGCCAGACAAUGAGCUUGUUUGGGGAUAUACAGUUACGACACCUGGCACCAUUACUACCCAUGGCAAAGAGCCGGACGACUGUUUUUACCCCCCUAACCGCCAGCCUCUUGCUGGUCAGUUCAAUGGUUGGCCGUCGCUUGUGAUAGAAACAGGAGUUUCAGAAUCUUUGGCAAAGCUACGCCGAGACGCUACUUGGUGGUUGCAAAAUUCCUCUGGGGACACCAGAAUAGUCCUUGUCAUCUCGAUAAAAAAGGCCAUGAGGGAAAUAAGGUUCGAGAAAUGGCAGCUCGUUCCUCCAAACUUUCCAAGGCCUGUUACAAGGCAAGCAGUCGAUCAGCUACGCCAGCAACCCAACCAGAUGCCUCCCCUUGUCCAGCAGCAGGCGAACAGCCAAAUCGCCUUUUGUAUCCAGGAAGUAAUCAUCACACCCACAUCGAUUACAGGAGAACCUCUUGUGAUUCCUUUCAGAGCCAUGUUUGAUCGGCAGCCUACGGGAACUGAAGGAGAUAUAGUUAUCAACCACCAGGGCUUUCGAACCAUUGCGCGUUUUGUUUAA